AUGGCCCGCAUGGAGGUGGAUCUGAAGGUGCAUGGACACUUCGAGAAGCGGCGCCUACUCUGCCACAGUAAAAAAAGCGACAACGUAAUGUACUUCUGGUGCUACUGCCAAGGGGCCUAUUUGACUGAUGUACAGUUUCAAGCAAAAGAGGAAAAACGCCGACUAAACGAGACACCGCACAAUGACCCAGCAGGAGAGCAGGCGGCGCAUGAUGAAGAGACCAAGCGAAUCACAAAGUAUGGUUGUGAAUCACAAUGUUGUUCCAUCAUUUUCAAGUAUGACUCAAAAGCACGGGAUUGGAAGUGCUCACAAUGCACUGACCAGCAAUGCACACGUACCGAUCUCAAGAGGACGAAACAGAAAGGCUCCAUUGCGUACAAGAAUAUCGACCUGUUCCCAGUUGUAGCACACCUCGGCCAUCAGAUAAACACAAAAACUUUCUCGUCAACAGUUCUAAGGGAGCACCUGCAACCGAAAGUCCAUCGGACUUUAUGUGACUCGUGGUUAGGGAGGUUCAAGCAGGACUAUGCUUUCAACGAAACAGAGAUGAUUCAGCUCGACCCAGAGAGCAAGAUUGUUUGGGGCUGGACUCUCGCUCCACCCGGAAUUUCCGAGACUUAUGAUCAACAUUUGUUCAAGGUCACCGCUAGUGAUUUUGCCCAUUGUCACAGAGCGGCACGAUCAAUCCAGGAGCACCACGAGCGCAGGAGCAAAGAAGCGCAUGGAUGGGAACAGCCAUUCCCACCGAAAGUAGCAAGGCUAAUCAGGGAGGAGGAAAUGGCAGCAGCACACAUACAAGAGAGGCAUGUGACAUUCACGUAUGCGAAUGGUAAAGUGGUGGGUGCGACAGUGAAAGACGCAACUUUCGGUGAUGCCCAUGUGGUCUUCGAUCGUUUGAAACACAGGAAUCCAGGCAUGGCCUGCGACUGCUCGUUUGGAACAGAAAAAGGAAUCCCAUGUAGGCAUGCUUAUGUCGCGACCAAAAAAAAUGGGCAAUAUCUCUAUAAUUUGACAGAUAGAAAGUACACAACGCGGGCAUGGAAAGACGUGUACUGUACGAAAGAGGCAGACGGAACCCUUGUCGUCGAAUCUCUACGUAUUCCGAACAUGCAUGAUGUGAAACGCCAUAUAGACUUGAAAGAUACCAAACUCUGCAUGCCCCCCGCCUACAGGCCCCGUGCCGGGCGCCCAAGCGUCAAAAGAAAAGAGAGGACGAAGAAGGCCCAGGGAAACGGAAAGGAAAAAAAGGGGCAUUAUUGCCAUUGCUGCUUCAGAUUCGUCACUGACCACACUAAAAAGAAUUGUCCUGAGAGGGAUGCUUUGGAACUGGUGGAUAAUUUGGAGCCGAUGUUGGCAGAAAAAAGCGACAAGGCCCCAGCCGAAAAUGGCGAUGCGCCAUUACCCGAGGAUAUAGCAUGGCAAGCGAAUGAAUCGGUCCCUGAUGAAUUUAGAAAUUAUGCUCCUUCUUGA